GGACAGAGGGGCGGAAGAGCCGGACAGAGGGGCAGGUCGGUACAGCAGGGACCCCCCAUAGCUGUGACAUUGCGGGACGGGUCACUGUGUGAGGAAGAGUAGGCGGAGUAAAGGGACGUUCCAGUAACAAAGAUGGCGGUCGGGGAAAGACCAGUGUGGAAUGCUUUCCCUCAACAUAAUGUUAUUCGCUUAGAACCGCAGCCCGGUGCCAUUCGGGAGGCAGAGGCUCAUUUCCCGAGUAGAAUGGGAGCGAAUACCGUGACCGAGCGAAGGGUCUAGUCAGAGACACAGGGCGGCACUGCCAGCCGGACAGAUGGCGCUGCUGGGAAUAUUUCUGAAGUCGCUAUUGGCUGUGCUUCUUUUCUACUGUUUCCUCCCAUUCUGGGUUCCUGAUGGUUUUGGAUCCAAAAAUGAUGACACCAAAAAGCCAAACUUCAUCGUCAUUUUAGCCGACGACAUCGGGUGGGGUGAUCUGGGCGCAAACCUGCCGGAACUGGAGUCUCAUACGCCGAACCUGGACGCAGUCGCCGCAGGUGGACUCAGGUUUGAGGAUUUCCACUCGGCAGCCUCCACCUGUUCCCCCUCUCGGGCCUCUCUGCUGACGGGGAGACUGGGCGCCCGCACCGGCGUCACCCAUAACUUUGCCGUACAGUCAGUCGGGGGGCUCCCGCUAAACGAGACCACUCUGGCCGAGGUUCUGAAGAAAUCCGGUUACACCACCGGUCUCAUAGGGAAAUGGCACCUGGGCCACCAUGGCAACUACCAUCCCAACGCCCGGGGUUUUGAUUAUUACUAUGGGAUUCCCUAUAGCAACGACAUGGGAUGCACAGACGCCCCCGGAUACGACAUCCCCCCCUGCCCGCCCUGCCCACUGCGCCGCAACCUGACGCAAAGUUUUGCCAGCACAGGGGGCGGGUGUUACACCAAACUGGCGCUUCCCCUCAUGCAGAACCGAGCGAUUGUGGAGCAGCCGGCGGAUUUGAGGCGCCUGCCGGAGAGAUACGCGCUGAGGGCGGAGCAGUUUGUCGAGGAGGCGAGCUCCCAGGGGCGCCCGUACUUCUUGUAUGUGGCAUUGGCCCAUAUGCACGUGCCACUGAGCCGCCCCCCCAUGGCCCCUCCCCUCGGGCCGUAUGCCAACAGCCUGACAGAGAUGGACAUUCUGAUUGGCCGGAUCAAAGCCGCAGCGUAUGGCGCCGCAGGGCAGGACACGCUCCUCUGGUUCACAGGUGACAAUGGCCCCUGGGCCGAGAAAUGCAACUUGGCGGGAAGUGUCGGCCCCUUUGUGGGUGCGUGGCAGCUCGAGCAAGGGGGCAGCUCAGCCAAGCAGACUACGUGGGAGGGUGGGCACCGGGUUCCGACUCUGGCAUACUGGCCCGGAAGGAUCCAGGGGAACCGCACAAGUUCUGCCUUACUGAGCACGUUGGAUAUCUUUCCCACCCUGGCGGCCCUGGCACACACAGCUCUGCCAGCCAACAGGCGGUACGAUGGCACAGACGUAUCAGGGAUUCUGUUUGGGCAGUCGCAGGAAGGGCACAGGGUCUUGUUCCACCCCAACAGUGGGGCCGCUGGGACAUUCGGGCGCCUGGAAGCUGUGAGACUGGGCCAGUACAAGGCAUUUUACACUACAGGUGGAGCUCCGGCCUGUAAUGGGAGUGUCGGACCAGCUCAGCGCCAUGACCCUCCGCUCGUGUUCAACCUCCAUCAGGACCCGGAGGAAUCGUCCCCCCUUGUCCCGGGGAGCCAGGAGUACCGCGCGCUGUUACCGGACUUAGCGAAGGCAAUGGGGGACAUUAUGGCUGAUAUUUCCACGGAUAAUGUGUCUGUGGCAGAUUAUGGACAGGACCCAUCAGUGGUUCUGUGCUGCGACCCAAAGCGCGUGGCCUGUCGCUGUACUGAGCUGUGAUCCCCACGGCUUUCAUAUGUCCCCUACGUUAUUUCACCGGCGCCAAGGUCCAUACAGAACCCGAGGCUUCCGGGUGGGAAAGAUGUGGAUUGGGCAGCCUGGGGGGUAAAGAAGGGAUGGGGGUACAUUUGGUUGGAAAAAGGGGGAUGUGGGUAUAAAAGGGGGGUCAGCAUCAGGCAGC